AUGCGUCCCCUCUACCCCUCCAGUGGGAGAGGCAUCCUGAGCUCUGCCCUACCGGUCUGCUCUCUCACGUCCCGAGCGCCCUUCACCACCUCCGCCCGUGUCGCCAGCUCCGCCAAACCCGCGGCCGACGAGCCAGCGACCGCAAAUCUCAACCCGCGAUGGCUAUCCGACCUCAAGACGCGGCUCGGGAAGUGCAUCAUGUUCGGCCUGCAGCCUCAGCAGACGCAAGAGGCGGGCAAGAUACUGCUCGAGCUGUCGAGAGACUGGCGGGAAUUGCUGGCAGGCAGUGAGGGAUUUUUGACUGCGGAGGAUAGAAGGGGAUUGUUUAGGCAGGAGGUCGUGUGGGGGGACAUGGUAUAUACCCGACUGCGGUUGCUAUAG